AUGUUAGCCUACGUAGCUUUCAACGCGAGUAAUUUUUUAUGCUAUGUUUUUAUGGUUAUCAAAAAAAUGCCAGGUCUGCAUAAAGUACUUCAAGGGAUAAUUAAAUUUAGGCAAACGGCCAGGAACGAGCUUGUGAAACAAUUCGAGCACGUCCGAAGCAACCCGAACCCGACCGCCGUGUUCUUCUCAUGCAUGGACUCUCGAAUGCUACCUGCAAGGUUUACAUCGAGUCAAGUUGGAGACAUGUUUGUCGUUCGGAAUUCUGGGAACAUGAUUCCACAUGCGAAUAAUUACGGGCCUGCUGGCUUUGAGGUAUCAGUAACGACAGAGCCAGCGGCUCUGGAGUUGGCUGUUAAGAGAGGUCAUAUUAAUCACGUAAUCGUAUGCGGGCAUUCCGAUUGUAAAGCCAUCAACACUCUCUACAAUAUCCACACAUGCCCUCAAAACUUCGAUCCGCAGUCUCCUAUGGAUCACUGGUUACGUCGCCAUGGAUUCACCUCGAUCAAGAAACUAGAAGAACGUUUAGCAGACAAAAAUUUAAAACCCCUGAAAUUUGUUUCUGAUAAUCCGGCACAUAGUUUUGAAGCAAUGAUCGAUGAAGAAGAUAAGUGGAGUGUUGAGGACAAACUUUCUCAGAUCAACACAUUGCAACAACUGGAGAACUGCGCUAGCCAUGGAUUCCUUACGGAGUUCCUCGAAAAGAAGACUGUGGACUUGCAUGCAAUGUGGUUCGAUAUCUAUACUGGUGAAAUGUAUCUAUUCAGCAAACCACGCCGCAAGUUUAUUCUUGUUAAUGAGGAUACGGUAAACGAAUUGACAGAAGAAGUGAAUCAACACAAGGCCUAG